GCGGCGACGGCGGCCUCGGCAGUCGUCUCCUGCGGUCCGAACCCGUCCGCUCGUCGCUCGUGUCGCGCACGCUCGUCAGGAUCCGCGAACGCGAACCCACGCUGACGCAAUCCCCCGCGCUCUCGCGUUAUCCCCGGUUUUCGGUAAUUAGUGUGUGACUGUGAGUGCUAGUGUGCAACUGAUUUGGAUAACCUUUAAACGAGCAUCCUCCGCCUAGCUGCUCCAGCUGCCGAACGUGGAGUUGCGUUCUUUCCAGCAGGUUUCAGUCUGAUUCCCACCUGAGUGUUGUGUAAAUUUUUUAAGUGAUCAAUAAACAAAAAACGUCGAAAAGUGUUGAUAAAAAGCGUUGACUAGUGCGAUGGAAAAGCUUUGAGAGGUGUCGAGCGAUCGGGGCUUCCGGAAGAAUCACCGAAGAACGGGCAAGCGGGUCAAAUGCUCCCGACGAACAAUGCGACCGACAUGCGCCCCGCUAUAAUUAUCGAAUCGAACUUGACCCGCGCGACCCUCAUCAGUGCGAGUGUGAACGGCCGCCGUCGGCCCACAUCUUGUCGCCGCUACAAUCGAACUGUCUCGAUCGAACACUUCGACGAACGACCCGUCAUCGAUACAUCGAAAUAAAAUCGAUACAUCGAAAUAGAAUCAAUCCGUCGACUCUGCGAAAACGAUAAACGCGGCAGCUGACCCCGGUGCUGGACUAAUGGUGAUCUGGUGGCAGCUCUACUCGAAUCCCUGUAGUUUUCAGCCCAAGCCAAUGUUCGUUUUCACCACCACUCUCUUCUUCGCUGUACUUUCGUUCUACUUAAGGAUAACGGAGACCGGCGAAGCAGGAGUAGUCUUCACGUUGGUGGACUCGACGACCGCGGAGCUGCAGAAGCAUGCGAACAUCGUGGCGCCGACCCUGAGGAUCCCGCUGCAGAACGCCUCCCUCUUCAACGGGACGCCGCUGAGCGGGCCGACGUCGAACGGCUCGCAGGACCACCAGGGCCACCCCGUACAGCGUCCGGUGUACGUCGUCCGUGCCGAGCCCAAAGUCGUCAGCAAACAUGCCGUCCCCGAGGUCCCCGAGCCGGAGCCCGAGAAGAACGACACCGGCCCUGGGGUCGCUCCGCCCGUCCCCGACAAGCCCUCGCCGCCGGCCCCGCCCGCCGGGGACCACGACAACGUCAUCAUCGUCCCGCAGGUGGAGCCCGCCGCGGCCCAGUCCCACGAGGACAUCCCGUCCUUCAACGAGUGGGCCCAGAAGCAGUUGGCCGAGGCUGAAAAGAAGAAGGGUGAAAAUGGCACCCUGCCACCUGCAACUAACGUGGGUGUUCGGAAGUUGAGAUCAAAGAACUAUGCAUCACCUGACUGUGGAGCAAAAGUCGUGGCUGCCAAUCCUGAAGCGAAAAGUCCAGGCCUUGUUUUGUCCCCUUCUCGUGAUGAAUACCUUCUCAAUACAUGCAACAGUCGCAUUUGGUUUGUUGUUGAACUAUGCGAAGCCAUCCAAGCCAAAAAGGUUGAACUAGCGAAUUUUGAACUUUUUUCAUCUUCACCCAAGAACUUCUCCGUUUCGGUGUCGGAUCGUUUUCCAACAAGAGAUUGGACCCUGGUUGGACACUUGACUGCCAAAGAUGAGAGGGUCGUGCAGAGUUUCAACUUGCAACAUUUUCAGUUUGCGAAAUAUGUUCGCGUUGAGCUGCAUUCUCACUACGGAGCAGAACAUUUCUGUCCUAUUUCUCUUUUUCGUGUUUAUGGCACCAGUGAGAUAGAGGUUCUUGAUACUGUGGACGAACCUCAAAUCGUCGCCAUUGCUGAUGAUGAUGACGAUGAAGAUGGUGAGAAAACAUCAGAAGAGCCCUCAGAAGAGAAUGAUGGGAAAAAUGGCUCAAAAAAUUUGUUUGGCACCGCUCGUGAUGCUGUAAUGAGUAUUGUGAAGAAAGCAGCACAAGCGCUUGGAUCAACCUCUCAAAAUCGAGAAGGGUUGCCGAUGAAUAUGACUCAUCCUCGCCCAUUUUCUCACACCUGCACCACGCCUAGUCAUAUAAUUGUUUGUGAUAAUUGCACAGAGCAACUUUUCAAUAGAGUCUACAAUUUGAUCAGCUGUAACGGAAAAGCUCUGGAUGACCUCAUCAGUUCAAGCUUAAUUUACAAUACCCUAACUUACAGCGAUGUUUGCAAAGACUACGGGUUAGACUUUUCCUCUCUCAGAUCCAGAAUCAGCGAUUUUGAGCUACGUGAUAAAGAAUCUUAUCUAUCAAACAUUAGUUCCUACCUAUCUAUUAUGUUACCAAACCACUAUCUAGCUGCUGCCUGUAAUUUUGUCGCAGUCAAAGAGAAGAAAGUAGUUUUAAAUGUUAGCGAUGAAUAUGUACUUAAAGUGAUCGCCUCUCAACAACCAGAGGGUUGCACAACGAAGGAUGAGUUGGAGGUGAUGCUGCCUGAACUUGCAUCUACAUGUUCUGUAGAUGAACCGCAAAAGGCGUCAUCCAGUGCCAUUGUACAACCGGAACUUCCUCAGGCUCAACCGGAUGUACUUCAAAGCACAGCAGAAGUAAACCCAUCACUAGUAGCGCAGAUUAAACCGACAAAAACUCAAAGCAAUGAGGUCGAACUGAGCAGCCAAAACAAAUCUGAUGCAGGAAGCAAGGAAGAAAUGGCCAUGGAAGCAUCUGUUAUAGUCUCAAAACCUCGUGAAGCAGAAAAUCAGUCUGAUCCUUCUACUCUGCCCAAAACAUCAGCUGAAUUGGAAAUGGAAGAGAACAUUGCAAACUCGACAGAUAGAAGUGCUGAAACAAUGGAGGAACCAAUAGAAUCAAUUGAUUCUGAGACAUAUGACAAACUUUUCUCUGACUUGGAUGAGCCCGAAGAAGCAUCAGCCUCAGCUCUACCCUCAGAACCGCCGCCUGUUCAAAAAGAAUCCGUUUUUGUGCGGCUUGCAAAUCGCAUUAAGGCAUUAGAAAGGAACAUGUCCUUGAGUGGGCAAUACUUAGAAGAAUUGAGUCGAAGGUAUAAGAAGCAAGUUGAAGAAAUGCAACGUGCAUUGACUGCGUCAAUUGAAGAGAGACGCCGGGUCGAAGAAAAAGAAUAUCAUCAGUCAUUACAGUUAGAGAUCUUAACAAACAGAGUUGACGCACUUACUGAAUCAGUCAAAACACUACUAGAAGAAAGAAAUUCUUGGACCUACAAGGCCUCUAUGAUCGGACAGCAUAGUGUCCUUAUUUUUGUAGAAGUAGCUAUAUUCAUAGGAUUCCUCCUCCUUUGUCGAUGGAUUCCUGAGGUGGAAGUUUCAAAACGAAAAAUUAGUGUUGGUUUACGUCGCAACCAGUCUUACCAUGUUCGGCGGAAAUCAUUUGACAGUAUUGCCACCUCUUCUCAUGUGAGAAAGAGGAGGCCCAGUGAAGAAGCCUUGCGUAUAGCAGGAACUGCUCACCAAGACUUACUAAUUAGUGAAACUAGUCAAAAUCAAGUGAUGAAAACCGAAGUGAAAAAGAGGAGAAGAAAAAAGAGAGAUCUGGCGAAAUCAGCCAGCAGUAGUUCCAUUCUUACCUCUGCAGUCUCUACUCCUCCGACUGCUGUCAAGUCAGGCCCUGACCAGAUAUUCGGGAAUAAAUCAGCGCCUGCAGAUUACGGUGUUCGGUGGCACGACCAGACUCCAUGGCAGAACGAGUACCCUCCGUCUGCACUAUCUGCAGCGGAGCAAGAUAUUACUCCUGUUGGACACCGACAACUAGUGUCGCCCAUCUUUAUCAAGACUGCUCUCUCUAGUAGGAACCAAAGAACUAGUCAGAUUAGCAUAUCAGAUCCUGCUCCUACUAAUGGGGCCCAGUCCUCGGAGUCGGAACUCACGCCCUCUCAUUCAAAUGUAUCGGACAGUCAAUCCAGCAAUUCCACUCCGAUUAAAGACAGGAAGAAAACUGUCGGAUUCAAGAAAAUAGUUAGGAAAUUCUUUUAGAACUUUUUUUGUUGUUUUGCUGUGAGACUUUUCAGUUAUUUCACUAAGGUAAUGUUAAAUGGAUUACAUUUUGUAAUUCAAAACUAUAAUUCCUGGCUCAUCUGUAAGAACACUCAUGUGCACAGUGAAACUAAUGGUACAUAUGUUGUUUCCAAACUGAGAUAGAAAUUGUAGUUUCUAAUUGCAAAAUGUAGUUCAAAUCAGGGAUGUACAUAGACUUCUAAGGGGGAAUUGAGUUUUUUUUAUCUCUCAGAUCAAAGCUGGAGGCAUUAAUUUUACAAAGUUUGUUCUAACUUGUAGAUAAUUUUCUUUUAUCUUUUUUUCCCAUCAAUUUUAAGUAGCUCCCAGCGGCUAAUCCUGGGUAUAACCCUCUAUGGCAUGAAUUAAUUUUGGGUUCCGAUUCUAGGGGACACAAAUCUAUGCUAUAGCUUUUGCAGGAGCAUAGAGUCCCAAAUUUUCUGCUCAAAAUUUUGAUAAUAAUUUUUUCAAAAGGAAAAAAUUGAUAAAAACUUGCAAACACAUGCCACAGAAAAGUACAUGAUUCAAUUUUUGAAAAACCAAAAAACGUGUUGUAACGAAUAAGUAACACUAUGCUGUGCAAGGUUAAGCCUCAAUCCCCCACUUUACACCUAGUCUGAGGAGGCCCAUGUUUAGGUUGCCUGACUAAGAAUUGGCCCCCAGGACCUUCUGAUUAUAGGGUUAAAACAUGUUUACCCCAUAAGGUAGACUUGCCUUGCACUCUUUUACUGAAGAAUCGAUGUUUAAUUAAAUGUAAUGAAGGCAAAUUUGCAUGAUAACUUGACAUUUUAAUAUAUUUGGAUUACAUUGUGCAAUAAAGAACCACUAUUUCUGGUCCAUUUUAGAAACAACAUACAUGCCAUUGGUUUCGUUGUGCAGAUGUGUGCUUUAAUGGGAGAGCCAGAGAUUGUAGUUCCUUAUUGCAAAAUGUAACCCAUUUACACUCCUAGUGGUAUUUAAGCAUUUGCAGUUGGAAGACCUGUCUGCAUUUGUUUGCGUUUUUUCGUGAGGAAUAAUCCCAAAAAUGCACUCAAACACCUCCAAAUUUUUGUCUUGUUUGUUUUUAAUUUAUUUUUUUGUAUUUUUCUUGUCUUUUUUUUGUUUCAAAGGGUUUAAGCAAUGAUACUUAAAAUCUUUUGAAUCUUUAAGACAUCUAGAGAAAUUAAAUCAAUGCUCAAAAUAUGCGUGUUUAGCAUGUGGAUGACUGAAGUAAAAAAGUGUGUAUCACUUUUCGAUUUUGCAAAAUCUCAGAUCAUGUCGUAUUUUUUUUAAAGGAAACGAACCAGAGUACCUCUUUGUAAUUGCCUGUGAAUAUUAUUAAAUGAGUGAUGAAAAUGCACCCAAAAUGUUAAGAAAACCUGUUGAUUAGUUCCUUUUAAAAAAAUAAAAUGUACGAGCGGAAAUUUUUAAUUGGAGGUACACAUUUUUAGAUUUUAGCUUUCGAUAUUUAGAAAAUUUUUAGUUAUAGUCUGAUAAAAAUAUGAGAAUUCUCACCUUGAACAUUGUUACUCGAGCAGUUUGCCCCUGUUUACUAUUUUUUUAGGACCAUUAUGAAAGUCUCGUUCACUCUUAUUUUUACCCUGCUUUUAGUUCAACCUAGAUGAGAAAUCAUUUAGUUGCUUGAUUAUCUGUGUAAUGAGCCAGAAAUCUUUGGUACAAACUACAAAUCAGGCAUUCUUGUAAAAUAGAUAGUAUAAAGUAAGGGAUAAUACUUCUUUAAAAACCAAAAAUUUCCUCUCUUUGAUAUAUGCUAGAAAGAACUUAAUUUACAACUACAUACUAGUUAUAUGUGUAUUACCUCAAACUGUGAAUUUGCAGAAUGGAAGAGAGAAGGUAUGAUAUGAGGUAUAAAAUUUGAUGUGACGAGAUGAUAUGAUUAAUUUGGCUCUGUUGAACUCUUAGUGGCUCAAUAGAAACACAAUAGCAUGAACAGUAUCACUAAAAGUUAUGAAAUAACUUUGUUAAAAUAAAGAAGCUGAAUGUGUGACAAAAUUAGCUUUUAUAAGUGCAGAUUUUGGGCUUUUGAUUUUGAAAAAAUCCCCGUUUAAUGUGAUAUCUGAUACUCUAUUUUAUGAUUAUAUUUCUAUUGUUCAUUACUGAUGGAGCUUUUCCAAGUAUUCAGUUCAGAAUCCAGUUUAGGUGCGAAAAUGCCCUUUUUCAAAAAUUUCAAAGUUUAAACUUAAUUUUCCCUAUGAAAUUUUUUCGUGAGAGGGAACGUUCUCAAACUGGAAAGACUUAACCUCCAGUCAGGGGUAUAAUUAGUAUUCAAAGCACUCACCAUGUAAACACAGCUUACAGUACUUAUCCUCUGACCAAUACUUUCCUCCAUGAUUCUGAAGUCGAAAGAGAAUGAUGCCAACACCAAUCAAUAUUUGUAGUACAAUCUGAAUUGGAAAAAAAGUAACUUUGAAAAGCUCUUUUCUGCUAUGACAUUUUAUAUUUCUGUCGUGUCAAAUUUUAUUUAUUUUAGAAUCACUGUCCAUAAUUCAAGUUGAAGUACAUAUGCUUAAUUUGUAACAUUGCAUUUCUCCCCUACUGAAAAUAUCCAUAUUUUUAGUAUAACCGCCUUUUAUACAGCACCCUGAUUCUCUGCAAUUGUUUAUUCUCUUAAGUUGUUGUAUAAAAAUUUUCAUUGAGAAUAUUUGAUAGGAUCUCUGAUGAAAAAUGGAAUGUAAGCACACUUUCAGAAGCAAUGCAGUGCAUGUAAAAUACAUGUUGUUCAGCUUGAGUUAUUGAGUCAUAUUUGUACAAAGUUGCAUGUUUUUUUUUUUUGUUGAGUGGAAAAUAUACCAAAAAUGUUGAUGUUUUAAAAUCAAAAUUUAAUUUUCAUCCAAUAUUCUCCUGUUUUCAUUUGUUGGUAGAUAGAUCAGCAGUUUAUCUAUUUAAGCUUUCAACGAUUUAAUUUUUUCCCCUCUCUCUCUUUCAUCUAUCUAUUCAUAGGCAGAAAACUUUUAUCCGUUUUUUUGUCAGUUUCAACAAUUAUGAGCAACUCAUGUUGGAGCUUUGGGGCCAAAGCAGAUGUUCUUACUUUGUUCUGAAUAUUUCUUUUUGCAGCGUGUACAUAUUAUUUAUUUAUGAUGCAAUCAUGUACAAUACUUAAUUAUUUAAGCUAGUUAUUUUUUACUUAUUUAUAAUGUAAAUGUAUUUCGAGAUGAUAAUCUUGAAAUCUCAACAAGAAAAUAUUCCUGUUCGUUUGUAAGUGAAUUGUAAAUAGUUAUUUAUUAUCUCCAUCUGGAUGAGUGUUUCAUUUGUAAUUUAACUUUUGUUUCAGUCCUUUUUCAUUUUGUAAGAAGUCCUUAAAUUAUAAAAGUUGAUUGUUAUUUUCUA